CAAUGUUGACCAAUUUCCAACGGUAGUCGAGUUAAGUUAGCUAGAAACACAGGCUAUCAAGCGCUCUAAACAGUAUCAGCUACUAGCCUAGCAGUCGUGAACGGCUUAUACCCAGCUAACUGAUCGUUGGACUGAAAGAAUCACCAGCAAGCAGUCAUGCUGAAGGCUUGUAUUGGCCUCAACUGUGCCAGACAGAUUGACUACAUUGAUCGUAGACAUUGCAGCUUGGCGAUUAUACCUGAAGAGAUAUACAGACAUGAAAGAACAUUGGAGGAGCUGUUGCUAGACACUAAUGGCCUUCAGGACCUCCCACCUAAAUUUUUCCGGAUGACCAAUCUCCGCAAACUGACCUUGAGUGAGAAUGACCUUAAUCGGAUUCCUCCAGGGAUUGCAAACUUCACGAAACUAGUUGAGCUUGACAUUAGUAAAAAUGGCCUCGAGGACAUACCUCAGAAUAUGCAGUUCUGUCGCUCCCUCUCUCACCUCAACGUCAGCUCCAAUCCUCUGCUCAGAACGCCAGAGACAGUCUCCUCCAUUGCCAGUCUAACUCAGCUCAGCAUUAAUGACACGGCCAUACCAAGGCUACCAAUGGAGAUUGGAAAUCUCAAGAAUCUGAUGAGCCUGGAUGCACGAGAAAACAUGCUCAAGACAUUACCAUCGAGUAUCUGUCAGUGUAAGAAGCUGAGGAGACUAGAUGUUGGGAACAAUGAGAUCGACCUGCUGCCUGAAGACUUUGGUCGGCUAGAAAGCCUGAUGGAGCUUUGGCUGGACAGCAACUUGCUAUCAAGGCUGCCUGAGUCUAUCACCAACUGCACCAAUCUGACUGCCCUGGACAUCACCAAGAAUCGUCUGGAGUACCUCCCUGCAGACUUUGCUCGUCUGCGAGCCCUCUCCGAUCUUCAUCUCUCUGAGAACUGCAUUGAGAACCUUCCUGAAGACUUUGGCAACAUGACUGCUCUCACUCUGGUCAAAUUGGACCUCAACCAUCUUAUCUCAAUACCAGAGUCCAUUGGAAAUCUCCACUUGGUGACAGAGCUCCUGCUGUUUGACAACAUGCUGGACACUGUCCCUGCCUCCCUAUUCGAAAUGAAGUCACUGGAAAUGCUCAAUCUCGAUCGCAACCACUUGUUGGAGAUCCCAUCAGCUAUUGGUCAGUGUACGACUCUGCAUGUGCUCUCGCUGCGUGAGAACGAAUUACUAGAGCUGCCAGAAGAGGUGGGGUUUCUGAAGGACCUCCGAGUGUUGGACAUUGCUGGGAAUAGGUUGCAGUCCCUACCCAUCUCUCUCGUGAACCUCAACGCCCUAGACGCACUCUGGGUGGACGGUGGUCAGGCUCAGCCAUUGUUGGAGCUCGUACCCGAGCCUGAUCCUGAGAGUGAAGAUAAUAAAGUGCUCAUGUGUUCCUUCCUACCUCAGCAAGGACCUCACAACUCGAGCAUGGAGAACUUCCUAGAUGAUGGGUCUGAUAGCUCCAACUCUCAGAUUGACUCCUCAUUUCAGAGAGCCAACUCGUUCAAACGUGGGGCUAGACUGGGUGUGGCCUUUGACCCCGCUCUCGGCCCAGGACCCGAGACAGACGGAGCACCAAAGCUUGUCCGUUUCCCCACCCCCUUCCGCAAGGACAUGAAGGCACUAAAGGCAAAGAGGGCGAAAAAAAGCAAGUACAAGCCAGACGCUGAGCCCUCCACCACCAUAUUCCGUAAAGGCUCCUCCUCCAAGGACGACCUGACCCUCCUCUCAAUCACCUCCGAGCUCUCCUCUGAUCAGAUCUCCCACGAGAAGCAGCAGUCGGUGGACAGCCUCGGAGACUUCAAAGAGAUUGUUGACCAGUGGAACAGAUCACCUUCUCUAGUACCUGCCACUAAAGGAAGACUGGGCAUGGAGGGCAGAGAACUGGAGGAUGUGCCUGAGGAAGAACCUCGUGGCAUGCUCACCAAGGCUGGUGGAGUGUUGAAUCUCUCUCAAGAUGAGCUGGCUAACAACAUGGACCUUGUACAAACCAAUGGACUGGCAACAGACGAGACUCCGGACCUCAUCAAGAAUGCAGUGUACACGCCUGAACCAGAGAUUCCUAGUAACUCUCAGCUGCAAACCAUUGAGGUGUCUAUUUUUCUGACCAAACUGCCUGGUCGCACACUGGGGUUCAGUAUUGCAGGGGGCAGAGGCUCCACUCCUGCUUAUGAGGACGUGGAUGAGAGUAUAUUUGUGACCAAGAUAGCCCCGGGUGGUCUUGCUGAACAGGACGGGUGUCUGAGGUUGGGAGACAAGCUAGCAAAGGUCAAUGAUGUGGACAUGAUCAAUGCCACUCACCCUGAAGCUGUGGCCGCCCUCAAGUCAGUCACUGACAGCUGCUCCCUCGUAGUGUCCAGAGAGGUGCUGGUGAUCAUGCCUGAUGAGGAGGCCUCUCCCACAGAGCCCCCCACUGAGCCGUUGAUACCUCCCGGGCAGGAGGAGAAUGCUUGUGCCAAGGCAAUAGUGUCGGAAAUACUGGAUCGCUCUAUUAACAGGUAUUCAGCAGAGCUUGUGAACAGUGCGGGGCAAACUACAGCGGGGCAAACUACAGCAGAGAUAAGAUUGGAGAAGCUAUCCCCUCCAGCCCAUGAUAAUUACGUCAACUUUGAUGUUGCUCAGAGUGUCCUUGAGUCAAUGGCUAGGAGACGUAAUUCCAGUGAAGGAGAGCAGUCUCAGGCCAGAAGCUCUUUGACUAUGGAUGAUGACAAUCGCUCUGCUGCGGCCAAGAGGGCGUCCCUAACUCUUGAGCAGGAAGAAAGGGAGGAACAGUGUCCAGAGGAGAAAGUUGUGCUGGAUCGAAGCAUUGGUAAACUGGGUCUGAGUAUUGUGGGCGGAGCUGAUCAUGUGAGCCGAGUGUUUGGACAGGGAAGACCAGGAGUGUACAUAUCCAAGAUAUCAAAAGGUGGAGCAGCUGAAGCUACUGGAAAACUCAGACUGGGAGAUAGGCUUCUUGAGGUGAAUGGGAUGAACGUGCGCUACUCCACCCACCAACAAGCCGUGAAGUGGUUGAUUGCACAGGAGGGGGACAUAUUCCUUUUGGUCAGACACGUACCUCAGCCAGAGGGAUUUCAGGAGGUGCUCCUGAUCAAGACUGUCAGUGAGAAGCUUGGUAUUAGCAUUCGUGGAGGCAGCAAAGGUUCGAAAGGCAAUCCUCUCGAUCCUGAAGAUGAGGGUAUCUUCAUCUCCAAGAUUGCUAAUGACGGCGCAGCUGAGAAGAGUAAGAAGUUUCAUGUGGGUCAGCGUAUCUUGGAAGUGAAUGGUGUUUCCCUGCUGGGUGCCUCACACACUGAGGCUGUCAAGGCACUACGCAAUGCACCUGAGAGGUUAUACAUUACCAUCUGUGAUGGCUACGAUCCACAGGAGGUGCUCAGGAGGAAGUCAGAGGCAGCUGCCGCCAUGAGUGAUGUCAGGUCUGAGGCUGACACUGCUACCAUGGACCGGAGCAUGGUCUCGCUGUCUGUCUCUAUGAAUGAUUCACUUGGUCUGGACAUUGCCCUACACAACAUGCUCAGUGCUAGCAUGGACGUACUGCCACAUUCAAACAACUCCAGUCUUGUGGUGAGCCCUGUAAGGAAGCUUGCCCGCAGCUCUCUGGACAUUCACAGGAAAAACUUCACAGAUGAAGACAUGGAUAAAAUGCUCAAAGAAAUGGCCCUCUAUCAGGUAGAGGACUCCUCUCAACAGCCGAGGACCUCCACUCCACCUCCAGAGAAUGUCAUGCCACUCAGUGAAAUCGUGGGCAGUCUACAGAGAGGCUUCACAAUGCCUGAUGAAGACCUCACAGACCUACCCCUGUUCUCUGAUAGUAUGCCCUCAGGCAGUACUGUGGAAGAGGAGGAGCCUACUGUUAGUGUGGUGAACACUGAGGAUGCCUCUACUUUCCUCAUGGCCCUGGACAGUGAGGUCUCCCUCAUGCAAGAUGAAGUAACACUGACUGAGGAGAACAUGCUGCAUGAAGAGGAGGAGAAGGAAAAGAAGAAAGAACAACUCACUCCUGAGCCUGAGCAAACCAAGCUAGCAGUACCCAACAAACCCAUUCCCAUGGCAUCACCAGAUACUAGGAGGAGAGCUGACAUGAUCAAAGUUGAUUUACCCAACCGUCGAGGCAGUGAACAAGCCGUCCAGUCCAUCAUUGGAGAGGUGUUCGAUGACGUGACAUUUGAUGAGUUUGAGCGCAGUCCACCUCGGUCUGGUGUCUCCAGUGGAGUCAUAUCACCAUCAUUCAGGGAGAUGUCCCCGGGGUCCAACCAAUCAGAGGACAUGCAUCAGCUGCUCUCGGCUCUCCAAGAUAUUGGGGGAGAGAAAGAGAUCAAGGAACCAGCUGUACAGAAGGAGAUGACUCCACCACCGAUUAUUACUGAGGAGAAUGCUGAUGAUGAUUCCCAGGGCAGGAUGCGCUCCAACACGAACCCCACCAUCACCGUGGUAACCUCUGACGGUACGUCCAAUCAGGUGCAACUACGACUGCCCAGUGACUCAGAUGACAAGGACAUCGACAGGAGGAAAUCAGCUCCCCCAAAGGUCCAGGAGAAGCCCAAUCAACGUAGUUUUGUCAACCCAGAGAAGCUCAGUUUCCACGAGCGACUAGCCCUCCACAAGCGAAUGGCAGCAGACGAGAGACCCGCAAGCUCCAAGUCAAAUUCCUCCACUGAUUCUGCACCCAAUCACGAUCAAGCUCUGGAGAUUAAAAUCGUGACCUCAGAAUCGACCUAACUAACUUUGCCAACCUCCAACUAGAAUACAUUAAUUUUCACUUUUAUUCUGAUAUGUGAAUGUGCGUUUGUGCAUGUCCUCCUCUGUGUAUUUGUCACACCUAGCAACAAGCACUGUGUUAGUGCUUCAGCUGUUUUAAAACCUUAGAUAUACGACCAUGUGUAUGUGUGUAAAGAAACAUUUUAUACUUAUACUACUACAGUCUCUAAAAUUUCAUAGUGUUAUUUUUUGACUCAUUUUUCAA